CAGUCUACGAUAGAAACUACGACGCACACGGGAUGACUACAUCGAAUGUGGAAGAUCUCCGGAUGAUGACGUCAGUAGCUCAGCCCGUGUUUGGUCGCAAUCCGACAACGGCCGAGUAUGGCCACCUACUAGGUGUCAUGGGAACAGACGUGCCUCUAAAGGAGCUGUUGAAACUGACUCCGCAAUUCCAGUUGGGGCCGAACGGAUAUUCGUUUGCCAUAACGAACAACGGCUACAUUCUCUUUCAUCCGGACCUGAGGCCGAUCUAUAAAGGCCACAUCAACACAAACUACAACAGCAUAGAUCUUUCGGAAGUGGAGUUGGAAACAGACUACAGUUAUCUCGACGACGAGGGGCAGUUUAAAGGUCCAGACUUCAGCAUGGCGCUGCGUAAGGCUAUGAUCAACCACAGCACCGGGUCACUGACGAUGCAGGUCGUACAACAUUACGACUACAUGCGGCGAGUGAUGCUACGCAACAACAGCUACUACUACACUGCGUUGAACGGGACACCGUUCGCUCUGGGCAUAGCGUUAACGAGCGACUACAGAGCUCACGGCACACGUGACCCGGCCACGGUCGCCAACAUCGAGGACCUGCUGCCUUCGCAGAACUGGACCGUUCCAGAGACAUGGGCUUACUGUACCGGCCAGCUGACAAACUACACGGAAGAGGAGACCCCGUCCGAAGACAGACUGCUCGACCUGAUCAGAAUGUCGAGAGAUCCGCGUAAGCGCGACCUUUACAUAGAACACUGUCGGGACUGGUAUGAUAUCGUUGGGAGCCUCAUAUACGAUGCCGACGUGACAAAGGACGUACCGCGGCUGUGGGACGCCACCGAGUUCCCGCCUGGCAUCGAACUGGUGUUUCUAGGGACUAGAAGCGGACUGACGCGAUAUCGCCAGGUAGUCGACGCAGCUGACCACGGAUCGGGAUUGGCUGGAGGGAUAACAGGGGCGCGGCUGCAAUGAGACUUACUACCGCCGGGCCGUGGACACGUCGGACGAGGCAAC